UUCUCCAAGCUUAAAUCAAGUUCAUCAGAUUCUCUUCAAAGGAAGAAGGAAUUUGCUCUCUUGUUAAUCAAGUUCACCUAAAAGUGACUCGAGAACCAGCCGAUUCUUUCAAUUGAUCAUGAACAUUGAGCAGAACGUUGAUGGAGCCGGAGUUCGAAACCGAUCACCAGAAGGUAAAGAUUCCAUGGAGAAGUGGAUGAAUUCACCGGAAGCAGUCACGGGCUCGGAUGAUUCGACCAGCUUCAACUGCAAUAUCUGCCUCGACACCGUGCAGGAUCCUGUGGUGACGCUGUGCGGGCACAUAUAUUGCUGGCCCUGCAUUUACAGAUGGCUUCAAUUGCAGUCCAACUCCACUGAAAACCAAACCCCAAAACAGCCGCAGUGCCCUGUAUGCAAAGCCAAUGUUUCGGAUUCGACGCUUGUACCGCUUUACGGCCGGGGACAGACAAGCAAAGGGUCGAAAAGCAUGGCUUCUCAACUUGGCGUAGCCAUCCCAAAGAGACCUCUUGGUCCUGAUCUUGGCAUACCAAGAACACCUAAUACUGCAAUUAGUCCACAAUUUGCAGCACAUCAAAUGCAUCAUUAUCCACCUUCUCCGAUGCCUAGUCCUGGUGGCACUUACUCAUAUCAACCGCAAGUGUACGAUUAUCCACCUUCUCCGAUGCGUAGUCCCGGUGGCCCUUACUCGUAUCAACCGCCAGUGUACGAUUAUCUAUUUUCGCCCGUGCGUAGUCCCGGUGGCACAACAACGAGUGUAAUGGAUCCACUGGUGCGAAUGCUCGGUGAAACUGUACACACGACAAGGGUAUUCGGAGACUUGAUUACGAAUUUAUACGCGUACCCGAAUUCAUACAAUCUUGUGGGAAGCACUAGCCCUAGAAUCAGAAGGCACAUCAUGCGAGCUUAUAAGUCACUCGACAGAUUCAGCUUUUUCCUCUUCUGCUGCAUGCUUAUAUGUCUUCUUCUGUUCUGAU